AUGUUGACCGCGUCGCGCCGGUGGAAACGGAGGGAGGGGGAGCCCCAGGCCGGGGCGCCGGGUCUGGCGGUGUGGCUCGACCAGGCACGGGCGCGAUGGCAGGGCGUGCUUCGCAGCGGGGCCAUCCUGCAGCGCACAUGCCAUCAUAAACUCGAUCUGGCCCUGGAUGGGGUGCGGGACGCCCUGGCAUCGCCCCCCUCGCGUCGCAGGCCGGGGCGUCUGGCAUUUGCCUCUGCCUCCAAGUCUGCGGUGGGGGGCCCCCCCGGUGAGCCCCUGUCUUCGGACCCCAUCCUGAUCAGCGAGCUGGAGGUGACCGGCGCGGACGAGGAGCUGCGCAAGCUGGCGCGCGAGGCGCUGACUAUGCGCCCCAACUUUGCCUAUACGCUGGAGGAGGUCCAGGCCGACCUGCGACGCAUCUUUGGGACGGGCUACUUUGCGGCCUGCGAGCCCAGCGCGGAGGACACCCGAGACGGAGUCAAGCUCACCAUCAAGGUGACGCCCAACCCUGAGCUCAACGGCGUGGUGGUCGUGGGCGCCGACCGCCUGCCCCAGUCGGUGAUCCAGUCGGCGCUCACCCGCCUGCACGGCCGCACCCUGAACUUCGAGGCGCUGACGGAAGCCACCGAGCAGCUCAACGCCUGGUACGAGGCCUCUGGCAUCCUGGGCCAGGUCACCAAGGUGGAGCUGGGGGAGUCCAACACCGUGCAGAUUGCGGUGUCGGAGGCGCAGGUGGCGGGGCUUCACCUCCGUUUCCUGGACAAGAAGACCGGGGAGGCCCGGGACGAGGGCCGGACGCGGCCCGAGGUGAUUCUGCGCCACAUGCUGACUCAGCCGGGGCAGGUCUACUCCCUGGCCCAGGCGCGGCGGGACGUGGAGGCGGUGUACGCCACGGGCCUGUUCGACGACGUGUCCAUCCGGCCGCAGCCGGCGGAGGGGUCCACCAUGGACGCGCCGCGCGUCGACCUCUUCCUGGAGGUCAGGGAGCGCAAGUUUGGGGGCCUGAGCGCCGGGACGGGUGUCUCGGCGGCGGGGACGGGGGAGGGCGCGCUGCCGGGCUUCAUAGGGCAGCUGUCCUACUCCCAGCGCAACCUGAUGGGCUUGGGUCAGCGCCUCACCGCCUCGGCCGAGCUGGGCCAGGUGGACUCCACCUUCCGGGUGUCCCACACCGACCCCUGGAUCCGGGGGGACCCCUACCACACCUCCCGCAGCAUCACAGUGCAGAGCACCAAGGCCUCGGUGGCCGCCAUCCACGGCAAGGCAGGCACAGCGUACACGCGGCCCCAAGCGCAGGCUCGACGUGGCAGGCUGCACCGGCACCUCGCCGACGCCUCGGCCGGGUCCAUCUUCGUGUCGAGGGUCGGCGGCAGCGUCGAGUGGAGCCGACCCCUGGGCAUCGGCUGGCAGGGCGGCCUGGGCGCCAGCUGGCAGAGGGCCACCCCCAGGGACGAGCGCGCGAGGCCCCUGGACCAGGACUGCUAUGGCGGCCAGCUCACCAUCUCCGGGACGGGGCAGGACACGAUGGCGCUGGGCAUUCUGCGCCUGGCAUACGCACCGCCCUCGGGCGGCGGGGAGAUCCUGGCGUGCAUGGAGCAGGCACUCCCUCUCCAGACCGACUGGCUCAAUUUCAACCGAUUCACGCUGCGGGCCGACAAGUCCCUCCCCUUGGGGCCCAUGAAGCUCUGGUUCUCAGGAAAGGGCGGGCUUGUGGUGGGCGACCUCCCCCCCUACGAGGCCUUCCCCAUUGGGGGAACAAACUCCGUCCGCGGCUAUGUUGAAGGCGGGGUGGGGUCCGGGAGGCGGUAUGCCGUGGGCACUGCGGAGUUGCACGUCCCCCUGGUGGCGCCCAUCGAGGGCGUCCUCUUCGCCGACUAUGGCACAGAUCUCGACAGCGGGGCCCUCGUCCUCGGCGAUCCCGCCGGGGCGCGGGGCAAGCCGGGGAACGGGCACGGGCUGGGCGUCGGGGUAAAACUGGACACGCCCAUCGGGCCCCUACGCCUGGAGUACGCCUGGAAUGACGCCGGCGUGCCGCGCUUCCACCUCGGCAUCGGGGCUCGCGGCUGA